CGAGUUACCAUCAUCAUUACUACAUAUAAUCCGAAAUCUUCUAACUCUUGACAUUCCAGACUCAACCAUCUCCAUCACACUCACGUCUCCACACUCAACCCCCAUGAUCACUUUUUCUUACACCUACAUUCUCUCUUUCCUCCAUCUUCACCUUCUCUUGUUCCUUCUUCCUCCAGACUCCAUGGAAAACAAAGAUAAAUCGUUUGCGAAAAUGGGGAUACUAUCUCUAUCAAAUGAAGACUGCCGAUCCACCGCAAGUCUCGGUGACUAUCUUUCAUUUACAAGCAAAACAACAAUUGUGGUCGAGUACGAGUUCAUCCACCUAAGUCCUUCCCCUCAAGAAGUGAAGAAGUUAAUAAAAAAUCUUGGCUGUGAAAAGUUCUUUGAUCUCCGGAGUCGAGGAAGCACCAGUUACUGCCCGCAUGUGGUGAGGAAUUUCUACCACAAUUUAGAGCUUUCUGGUCCCUGUGAUUCUCAUCUCGUGUCGAUCUUCCUCAGACAUAGAGUCUGCUUCCAGCCUCAUCAGUUUGCUGAGAUCCUCGAUCUCCCCGCCGCAGGACACCCCAUUGAUAGCAGAAGCGAUCUUGGGCGGCUGUACGAUUUUGAGUUUGAAGUUGAACUGGCGAAACUGACGAAGGGGCGCAUCCAGGCUUCUUUCCUCCCAGAUCCUCUUCGAUUCCUCCAUUGGAUGAUCGUCAACUGCUUCAUGCCAAGGUACCGUGGUCAUUCGAUUAUUCGUAAACUUGACUUGUUUAUCCUUGUGCAAGCUCAAAGAGGUGUUCCUGUUAACCUCGCAUCUCUCAUGUGCCUGAACAUGGUUGAGGCUUCUCCUAGAGGGGAAAACUGGUACACUGCCUUUCCAUAUGCCACCUUCGUGACCACCUUUCUUGAAAGGGUUGGGAUGGAUAUGGGGGUUUAUGUUAAGGAGGACCAGUGCGCUUAUUUGCCAGUGUACCGUAUCGCCGAAUUGACCAAUACUUUUAUUGACCUUCGGCAUACAGAACAUGAAGAGACCCCUGAGGCAUCCUCAAGCAAACGUCCUCGGCUUACAUGAGAGUCGAUUGAUGCAGGGCGGGGUGGAGCGUUGGAGCAGCAAAGGGGCCAGCAAUGGAUGUCUUCUGUUAAGAAGUUUACUAAGGCUUUGUUGGGUUUUUUUUCCAGUCUUUUUUCUUUUCCUUAAUUCUCCAGCACUCAAAACUGUCAGGUACUGAGGGGAGCCAGUACAUCAUCUGACUAGGAAAGUCUCCCAUUUUUUUAAUUGUCCAGACAAAUAUUUUUCUAUGCAUGCAGUAUUUUGUGAAUUUGCAUGGCUAAGUUCCCUAAGACAGGUGACGAGAUGCAGUAAUGGUCAUCUCCAAUGGUGCAAUUUUUGUGACUUGCAAGAUGAUGUGGCAAGGAGGUGCAAUUGCAUCCUACACUUGCUAUGAUGUGAGAAGCUAUUGCAAGGGUGCAAAUUUGCUUGCAAUUGAAAUUGGCCCACGAGUGGGGACUAUAGAUGAAAUUGCAAUGUUUUCUCAAAAUUAUAGAAGUGGAAGUAGGGACUACCUAUGAAAUUGCAAAUGAAUUUCAUUGGAGGAG